GGGAUGCUGGCCGAGCUGGCGGCCGGGCGGGCCGAGGGGCUCGUCCUGCUGCAGGACUCCGUCCGCUGCGAGGGGCGCACCUUGCUCAAGAGCUUCGCAGCCGCUUCGGCGCAACGGGGUGAAUCUGUUCACGUCCUCAGCUUCGAAGUCCCAGAGAAAGAAUUCAAGGCUGGAUUUGGCCCCGAAGUGGCCUCCUGGAUAUGGUUCCACGACGCUUUCCGGGAUCCCCUCGGCUGGGCAGGAGAGGACGGCUGCUUAACGGUGGAAGACUUCUCAGCACCGGGACUGGCAUCACGCCUAGCCCUGGCAUCGCAGGGACCCGCGACAGUCCUGCUGGACUCGCUGAGCUGGCUGCUGCUCCGCCUGCCCUUCCCCGGCGUGUGCCGGGUCCUCGCACAGCUGCCCCGGAGCGCCAGUGCCGCUGGCCUGCAGGUCAACGCGCUUGUGGCUCUUCUGCACGGGGACUUACACCAGCCGGGAGAGCUCGCAGCCCUGCGUGCGCUGGCCCACGUGGCCGUGGCCGUGGAGCCGGCCCCGGGGACUGUCCCGGGCGGGGACGGCGCCCCACGCGUGGCUGAGACGCUGCACAGGAAGAGGGGAGGCAAGGUGGCCCGGAAGAAAGAAUACAUCACACUCCUCCCUGGUUUUAUCCUGAAGCACCUUGGCGAGCCACGACCGGAUGGCUUUUCCAGAGAGGGAGGCCUGGAGGAUGACGAAGCCCCUGCAAGGGCCGACCCAACAGCCAACUUAACCUUCAAUCUGCGGCUGUCGGAGGCUGAGCGCCGGGCAAAGGAGUCGGUGCCGCUUCCAUACCACUUCAGUGAGGAAAAAAAGUCGUCUCUGCUCCGGACGCCAAGCAGCCAGGGCACGAUCUUUUAUGAGCCAGAUGCCAGUGAUGACAUUGAUGACGAGGAUCCAGACGAUGACCUGGACGUGUGAGAGAGACGGAGAGAGAAACUGGGAGCCUGGCUUGCUUCCCACAGAGGAGGCACCCCUGUCCGGGCCGCGGCCUGCUCCCAAAGGGAGAGCUGCAAAACCGCCGGAGCAGGAACUUUCCGCCGCCUUCCGCCUGCUGUCUUGCCGGCAUCUCCCAGCAGCGCUUCUGCUUUGGGCCUCCCUCCCUGGAGGGGAAGGAACGGAUCUGCUGCCUCGGACGAGACGCGCACCUCAGAUUUGAACGAACGCUGCCCAGAUCAGCCUUCCCCAGGUUGGGGCCCUCCAGAUGUCCUGGGCGACCACUCCCAGAAUCCCCCAACCAGCAGAGACUAUGGCUUCCGCUACACGCUGCCCCCUGCACUGUUGCGGGCCCCAGGACUGGUUUUUAUCUCAGCAUGGACACAACCGUGCUCUGGAGAUUGUUGCUAAUAAUAAACCCUUCCAUUUGUA